AUGACGAGAUGUACUAUAGAAGGCCCAACACCAGUAUCAGCUCUAUUACACUCGAGUACAAUAGUUGUAGCCGGAGUAUUCCUAAUAAUUCGAUUCUACCCACUAACACAAAACAACCAAACCAUCCUAACUUUAACACUAUGCCUAGGCGCAAUAACCACACUAUUUACCGCAAUAUGGCUUACACAAAACGAUAUCAAAAAAAUUGUAGCAUUCUCCACCUCAAGCCAACUAGGCUUAAUAUUUGUUACCCUGGGGAUUAAUCAACCACACCUAGCAUUUCUUCACAUCUGCACCCACGCCUUCUUCAAAGCCAUACUAUUCAUGUGCUCUGGGUCAAUCAUUCAUAAUCUAAAUAAUGAACAAGACAUCCGAAAAAUAGGAGGGCUCUUUAAGCCCAUACCAUUCACUUCAUCCUGCUUAACCAUCGGAAGCCUCGCACUCACAGGAAUACCAUUCUUAACAGGUUUCUACUCAAAAGAUUUAAUUAUCGAAACCCUAAACACGUCUAAUACCAACGCCUGAGCCUUACUAAUCACACUAAUCGCCACCUCAAUAACCGCUGUAUACAGCACACGAAUCAUCUUCUUCGUUGUAAUAUCUAAACCACGAUUCAUCCCAACAAUUACAAUAAACGAAAAUAACCCCCAACUAAUCAACCCUAUUAACCGCCUUGCCCUAGGAAGUAUCCUAGCAGGAUUCAUAAUCACCUCAAAUCUCCCACCAACUAAUAUUCCCACAAUAACAAUACCACUAUCACUAAAAUUAAUAGCCAUUACAAUUUCUAUCUUGGGAUUUACAAUCGCCAUAGACCUAAACAACCUAACCUCAAUACUUACGCACAAAUCACCUACCACCACAUACAAAUUCACCACACUUCUAGGGUUCUUCCCAUCAAUCAUUCACCACUUAUUACCAAUCAAAAGCCUAACUAUAAGCCAAAGCAUGGCAUCAAACCUAAUAGACCUAAUUUGACUAGAAAAAGCUAUCCCAAAAACAAUUGCCAACACACAAAUAACUGCUUCCAUCAUUACAUCAAACCAAAAAGGACUUAUCAAACUCUACUCACUAUCAUUCCUAAUAAAUAUUACCAUUAUCUCACUACUCACCCUAACCUAUUACCUCGAGUAAUUUCAAUAAUAAUAAAAAUACUAACAAACAAAGUCCACCCGGCAACUACUACUAUUCACCCAGUACAACUAUACAUAGCCGCCGCACCCAUCCCAUCCUCACUAAGCAACCCAAUUUCUUCCCCUUCAAAAGCCACCCAAUCCUCUAUAUUAUUAAACUCAACAACCAACUCCACACCACCAUCAUUACCUAACCAAAACACUAAUCACAACUCUAUAACAAUACCAGCCACCAAUAACCCAAGAACUAGCCAGUUAGACCCCCAAGACUCCGGGUACUCCUCAGAAGCCAUAGUCGCAGUAUAACCAAAUACAACCAACAUACCACCCAAAUAAAUCAAAAACACCAUUAAACCUAAAAACUGACCACCAAAACUCAACACAAUCCCACAACCAACACAACCACCAACAAUUAAACACAACCCACCAUAAACAGGAGAGGGUUUAAUUGACAAACCAAUAAAACAAGUAACAAGAGCUACACUCAUAAUAAAAACAUAAUUGGACAUAGUUCCUACAUAGCAUUUAACUAAGACCAAUGACAUGAAAAAUCAUCGUUGUAAUUCAACUACAGAAACCCUAAUGACAAACCUACGUAAAUCACACCCCCUAAUCAAAAUUAUUAAUCACUCACUCAUCGAUUUACCAACACCAUCUAGUAUCUCAACAUGAUGAAACUUCGGAUCCCUACUAGGAGUAUGCCUAGGAUUACAAAUCGUUACCGGGCUAUUCCUAGCAAUACACUACACAUCCGACACCCUUACGGCCUUUUCAUCAGUAACCCAUAUCUGUCGAGACGUUAACUACGGCUGAAUAAUCCGAUAUCUACACGCCAACGGCGCAUCCAUAUUCUUCAUCUGCCUGUUCCUACACGUAGGACGAGGUAUCUACUAUGGGUCUUACCACUUCAAAGAAACAUGAAACAUUGGCAU